UGAAAUUAUCUUAAAAGAAACACAUCUUAAUUAUCUUAUUAGAAGAUAUGUUGAUGUCUAAGAAGAAAAGUUUAUUUCUUCUCCUAUGCAUUUUGUUGUUGAAUCUUUUAAUAGGGGAUGCUUUAGAUGAGUUAGAAGAUGAUGAUAUAAAAAAUGAGGAUGCCUUCAAUGAGCUAAAGUAUGAACUAGCUUUCAUGGAAUCAAAAAAUAAUGAUCAUAGUUUCUAUGAUUUGGAGGAGAUGAAAGCAGUUCCAUUUGAUUAUUAUCAACUUGUAUUGCAAUGGCAACCAGCAACUUGCAGCAAUGUCAUAUGUCUAAGACCCACGUCGUCGAGGUUUAGCAUCGACGGUCUUUGGGCUGGCAGCUAUUCUCGUCCUAUUGGUCGUUGCUCUGGCAGCAAAUUUCUUCAACAAAACAUCACAAGCAUAAGAAAAGAACUAGAUGAGGAUUGGCCAAGUUUGAUAAUAAGCUCAAACCCAGCAGUAUGGAGUGAAGCAUGGAAUUUACGAGGCACAUGUUUCGAAACCCCAACGUUCCAAAUCGUCGAUUACUUCCGAUUAGCUCUUUACCUUUUCUGGAGAAGCGACGUGCAGCAAGCCCUUCAAAAAUCUGGGCUGGAACCCAUCAAUGGGAAGCGCUAUCUAAAGUCCGACAUUGAAACUGCCCUAACAAAAAGCUUUGGAAAGCCGGCUCUGCGCUGCACCUUGAACUUAAAGUACCUUCUUCAGUCUCAGUUGGCGGAAGUGGUUCUUUGCUUUGAUAAAUGUCUUCGAAACAUUGACUGUCCUUCUCAAUAUUCUGCUGCCACUGUGUGUCCUACACGAAUCCUGUGGCUCAAAACAUAGUCAUUAUCUCUCAUGCAAAGGGAUAAAUUUACAUAAAUAAACAAAGUUCUUCAUUCCCUUU